AUGGCGAACCCAGAACCAGCCCAGCAACAUGUGGAGGAGAAAGCGGAGCAGGUUGACGACGCAGAGUUGGCAUUUAAAGGAAUAAACAUGCUGCUCAACAACGGAUUCAAGGAGAGCAACGAGCUGUUCAGAAAAUACAGGUCAGAAGGUCCCGUGCCAUAAACAAUGAGAUAAUAGACUAUCACUGUGUAAUUGGUUAAUUCAUUUGGCGAAAUAAUGAAAUCUAGGAGCUAUCAUAUUUCCGUGAUCUGUUGAUUUCUUUCGAGUGAGGAAGCCCACGUGAAACUGAUUAUUAUAGGCUAAUUUGUUACAGUGUAACUAAUCAGUUUGCUACAGCGUUUCUCAUCAAGUUUCAAGUUUCAAUCACUGAUACAGCAACAGUUCUAACAAAGUACAUCGUAACAUUCCGUCCCAAGUGGCCCAUUCAAGUGUGCAAGAUCACAAUGGGGACUGACUCUCCCUUAUCAGUUGUCAGUGUGCAUUGGUGCUUAAACAUCUAAUUUUAACGUUAGUCAUUUAGGCCAAAUGUGUACCUUUUGACUAGUGUUUGUGUUCUCUUACAGAGCUCUGUCAGUUUGUAGACACCUUUCUCUCUCUGCUCACUGGCUCUGUCAAUCUGUUGUUAAAUACCUUACCUUGUUUCUCCCCACAGCUAGCUUCCUACAGACCUCACUCUUGUGUCAUGUUGAAGAGAUAUUUUAAUUCAGUGUUUGUUUGUAGUUUUCUGUAAUAUUAAAUGUUUCCCUUUUCCCUCAAUGCAAAACUGCUGACUCCAAGCACAUUUGCAAUAGCUUGUAUCCGUAUCACUUCACUAUUCUGCUAUUUUGAGAGGCUUGUUGUGAUGAGCAAGCCAAAUGGGACUAGACAUAAACAGUGAGAUACAAAAGUAUUGGGACAGUUACACCAUUUUGUUGUUUUGGCUCUGUACUCCAGCACUUUGGAUUUGAAAUGAUACAUUGAUACACAAGUGCAGACUGUCAGCUUUAAUUUUAUGGGUAUUUUCAUCCAUAUCGGGUAAACCGUUUGGAAAUUACAGCAGUUUUUGUACAUAGACCACCCAUUUUAGGAGACCAAAGGUAUUGGGACAAAUUCACUUUUGUGUAUUAAAGUAGUCAGAAGUUUAGUAUUUGGUCCCAUAUUCCUAGCAUUCAAUGAUUACCCAUAAAAUGUAAUCUGACAGCCUGCAUUUUAACCUCAGUCAUUGUAUCAUUUCAAAUCCAAAGUGCUGGAGUACAGAGCCAAAAUAACAGAAUGUGUCACUGUUCCAGUACUUUUGGAGCUCACUAUAUAAUUGAAGGAUAGUUGAAAUACUUUUUUUUGCUGUACAUCUGUACUUUAUCAAAUAACCUAUUCGUACUUGCUUUUUAGCCAAGAUCUCACACCAGUUGGGAGAACUGCAUCUGAGUUAGCAGUGGUUAGCUGCUAUGCAAGCAGACCACAAACAUUCCUGUCAUGUCAGUCAUUGAAUGUUCUUUAACUAAGGUUACUCUGAGAGCAAACAAGUUGGUGUUCCCAAGUUGUUCACAUGAUUUACUAGUACCACCUCACUCCUCAAAUAUAAUCGGCAACCUAAUAAUUGUUAUCACUGUCCAUAUCUAGAUCUACAGCGUGAUUAGGCCUAAGUCAGUAGAUUUCUUGUCUCACUGUGAAAGGUCUUGCGUUGGAAUUAUAAGGAAGUGACUUACAGUUGUCCAAAACAGUUGUUCUGUUUUCUCUUUUCAAAACUGGUUCAAUGGCUAUUUUUACCCUGUAGGCACCUGCAACUUUAGGUGAAAGAAAUUCAUCAUUUAGCAGACGCUCUUAUCCAGAGCGACUUACAAAGUGGUGCAUUCACCUUAUAGCCAGUGGGAUAACCACUUUACAAUAUGUAUUACAUUUUUUGUGGGGUAAUGGGGGGGUAGAAGGAUUACUUUAUCCUAUCCCAGGUAUUCCUUAAAGAGGUAGGGUUUCAAGUGUCUCCGGAAGGUGGUGAGUGACUCCGCUGUCCUGGCGUCGUGAGGGAGCUUGUUCCACCAUUGGGGUGCCAGAGCAGCGAAUAGUUUUGACUGGGCUGAGCGGGAACUGUGGUAGGGGGGCCAGCAUGCCAGAGGUGGAUGAACGCAAUGCCCUCGUUUGGGUGUAGGGACUGAUCAGAGCCUGAAGGUACGGAGGUGCCAUUCCCCUCACAGCUCCGUAGACAAGCACCAUGGUCAUCUGCCUCCAACCAACCAAAUUAAUUUGAAUUCUUCAGAAUUCUGAAUAAUGUAGUCCAGGCCAUUUUUUAAAUUAAAUUUUACUUUGAGGUGAAACAUCGACAUUUCAGUUUUGGUUGCUGUGCAGUUGUAAAUCAAACAAAUACAUGUGUGAACACCAAACUAGUUUCAAUUUCAACUUAUUUUAGAAGGAAUUAGUGAAUCAUUUUAAUAACGUUGAAGGGUGCCAAUAGAUUAGAGACCAACUGUAUAUUAAAUAUAGCAUUGUUCUAAAACUUGAUAGGCAAUAGUGUUAGGCUAUGUACUGUAACUAGGCUACACAUGGCAGCAGGUGCCAAUCAGUGAUAGUCAUUGUGAUUACAGAUAAAACACAGCAGGCUUAGUUAGAUCCUCAAAGACACACACACACACACAGCCUUGUCUCCUGCUGAUUGCCUAAAUGUCACCUCUCCCACUAAUUACAUUGAGCUCUGAGCUCCAGAGAGAGCUGCACACUGUGAACUGUACGUCAUAAGAGAUGGAGGGAACUGAAAGUAGACAGCUGUAGAUAAAAUCCAGGCUGAUCAAGCUUCUGUUCACCUCAUCAUCCCAUAUUUCUAUACUGCAGGCUUAAAAAUGAAAGCAUAAAAUGGAUAGAAUCAAGCCUACUACAUUUUUGGAUAUUAAUAACCUUCCAGACUUUGAGACAUGAAUGCAACUACAAUGAAAUGUUCUCUUGGAGUACAAAUCACAUUUGGGGGAUUCAAGUGCGAGUGUUAGUUCCUGUAUGCUUUUUAAAAUUCAUUUAUUUUAUUAGAACUCAAAAUUCUGUUAGGAAAUUGGUAACGACAUUUUCGGAAAAUUGGAAAUUGAAUUGGCUAAAAUGGGAAAUCAUAGUAGACACAAACCACAAGUGUCGACAUCACUGUACAGUAGAGUUCAGUAAAGAAAAGUACAAUUCAGUACAGUGCACACUAGAGUAGAGUACACUAUAAUGAACUGUACUGAACUCUGCUGUUCUGUGAUGUGCUCUACUGUACUAAACUCUUCUCUACUCUACUGAUCUGUGCUUUGCUGGACUGUACUCUGCUGAGCUCUACUGUGCUGUAUUUUGAUGUCCAAACUUGUGAAACAUAGACGUCUAUGAUUGGUUAAGUCCGGACAAACCAAAUCUGUUUUUGUUUGGGGGCAGAGCUCAUUUAAAAUAAUAGUCAGUGUGUAGAAUAAUACCCAAAUAUGCAAAGGAGGAUAUUGCAUAGAUACAGUUGAAGUCGGAAGUUUACAUACACUUAGGUUGGAGUCAUUAAAACUCGUUUUUCAACCACUCCACACAUUUCUUGUAAACAAACUAGAGUUUUGGCAAGUCGGUUAGGACAUCUACUUUGCAUGACACAAGUAAUUUUUCCAACAAUUGUUUACAGACAGAUUAUUUCACAUAUAAUUCACUGUAUCACAAUUCCACUGGGUCAGAAGUUUACAUACACUAAAUUGACUGUGCCUUUAAACAGCUUGGAAAAUUCCAGAAAAUGAUGUCAUGGCUUUAGAAGCUCCUGAUAGGCUAAUUGACAUCAUUUGAGUCAAUUGGAGGUGUACCUGUGGAUGUAUUUCAAGGCCUACCUUCAAACUCUGUGCCUCCUUUGCUUGACAUCAUGGGAAAAUCAAAAGAAAUCAGCCAAGACCUCAGAAAAAAAAUUGUAGACCUCCACAAGUCUGGUUCAUCCUUGGGAGCAAUUUCCAAACGCCUGAAGGUACCACGUUCAUAUGUACAAACAAUAGUACGCAAGUAUAAACACCAUGGGACCACGCAGCCAUCAUACCGCUCAGGAAGGAGACGCGUUCUGUCUCCUAGAGAUGAACGUACUUUGGUUCGAAAAGUGCAAAUCAAUCCCAGAACAACAGCAAUGGACCUUGUGAAGAUGCUGGAGGAAACAGGUACAAAAGUAUCUAUAUCCACAGUAAAACGAGUCCUAUAUCGACCGUUCAGGCCGUUCAGCAAGGAAGAAGCCACUGCUCCAAAACCGCCAUAAAAAAGCCAGACGACGGUUUGCAACUGCACAUGGGGACAAAGAGCGUACUUUUUGGAGAAAUGUCAUCUGGUCUGAUGAACAAAAAUAGAACUGUUUGGCCAUAAUGACCAUCGUUAUGUUUGGAGGAAAAAGGGGUCAGCUUGCAAGCUGAAGAACACCAUCCCAACUGUGAAGCACGGGGGUGGCAGCAUCAUGCUGUGGGGGUGCUUUCCUGCAGGAGGGACUGGUGCACUUCACAAAAUAGAUGGCAUCAUGAGGAAGGAAAAUUAUGUGGUUAUAUUGAAGCAACAUGUCAAGACAUCAGUCAGGAAGUUAUAGCUUGGUCGCAAAUGGGUCUUCCAAAUGGACAAUGACCCCAAGCAUACUUCCAAAGUUGUGGCAAAAUGGCUUGUGGAAGGCUACCUGAAACGUUAGGGCUCGCAGUUGGCGGGCCAUUUCAUCCCAAAGGUGUUCGAUGGGGUUUGAGGUCAGGGCUCUGUGCAGGCCAGUCAAGUUCUUCCAAACUGAUCUCGACAAACCAUUCCUGUAUAGACCUCGCUUUGUGCAUGGGGGCAUUGUCAUGCUGAAACAGGAAAGGGCCUUCCCCAAACUGUUGCCACAAAGUUGGAAGCACCGAAUCGUCUAGAAUGUCAUUGCAUGCUGUAGCGUUAAGAUUUCCCUUCACUGGAAAUAAGGGUCCUAGCCUGAACCAUGAAAAACAGCCCCAGACCAUUAUUCCUCCUCCACCAAACUUUACAGUUGGCACUAUACAUUGGGGCAGGUAGCGUUCUCCUGGCAUCCGCCAAACCCAGAAUCGUCCGUCGGACUGCCAGAUGGUGAAGCGUGAUUCCUCACUCCAGAGAACGUGUUUCCACUGCUCCAGAGUCUGAUGGUGGCGAGCUUUACACCACUCCAGCCGACGCUUGGCAUUGCGCAUGGUGAUCUUAGGCUUGUGUGCGGCUGCUCAGCCAUGGAAACUCAUUUCAUUAAGCUGUCAACGAACAGACAUUGUUCCAGAGGCAGUUUGGAACUCGGUUGUGAGUGUUGCAAUCGAGGACAGAUUUUUACAUGCUACACAGAUUAUUUGUAUGCGCUUCAGCACUUUGCGGUCCUGUUCUGUGAUCUUGUGUGGCCUACCACUUCGCGGCUGAGCCAUUGUUGCUCCUAGAUGUUUCCACUUCACAAUAACAGCACUUACAGUUGACCGGGGCAGCUCUAGCAGGGCAGAAAUUUGACGAACUGACUUGUUGGAAAGGUGGCAUUCUAUGACGGUGCCACGUUGAAAGUCACUGAGCUCUUCAGUAAGGCUAUUCUACUGCAACGGGUGUGGCUGAAAUAGCCGAAUCCACUAAUUUGAAGGGAUGUCCACAAACUUGUGUGUGUAUUCAUACCCCUUGACUUUUUCCAUAUUUUGUUACGUUACAGCCUUAUUCUAAAAUUGAUUAAGUUAAAAAAACAAUAAUGACAAAGCAAAAACAGGUUUUUAGAAAUUGUUGCAAAUGUAUUAAAAAUAAAAGCUUGGCACACCUGUAUUUGGGGAGUUUCUCCUAUUCUUCUCUGCAGAUCCUCUCAAGCUCUGUCAGGUUGGAUGGGGAGCGUUGCUGUACAGUUAUUUUCAGGUCUCUCCAGAGAUGUUCGAUCGGGUUCAAGUCCGGGCUCUGGCUGGGUCACUCAAGGACAUUCAGAGACUUGUCCCGAAGCCACUCCUACGUUGUCUUGGCUGUGUACUUCGGGUCGUUGUCCUGUUGGAAGAUGAACCUUUGCCCCAGUCUGAGGUCCUGAGCACUCUGGAGCAGGUUUUCAACAAGGAUGUCUCUGUACUUUGCUCUGAACUUUCCCUCGAUCCUGACUAGUCUCCCAGUCCCUGCUGCUGAAAAACAUCCCCACACCAUGAUGCUGCCACCACCAUGCUUCACCGUAGGGAUGGUGCCAGGUUUUUUUCCCAGACGUGACACUUGGCAUUCAGCCAAAGAGUUCAAUCUUGGUUUCAUCAGACCAGAUAAUCUUGUUUCUCAUGGUCUGAGAGUCUUUAGGUGCCUUUUGGCAAACUCCAAGCGGGCUGUCUUGCCUUUUGCUGCGGAGUGGCUUCCGUCUGGCCACUUUACCAUAAAGGCCUGAUUUGUGGAGUGCUUCAGAGAUGGUUGUCCUUCUGGAAGGUUCUCCCAUCUCCACAGAGGAACUCUGGUGCUCUGUCAGUGACCAUCGGGUUCUUGUUCACCUCCCUGAUCAAGGCCAUUCUCCCCGAUUGCUCAGUUUGGACGUGCGGCCAGCUCUAGGAAGAGUGUUGGUGGUUCCAAACUUCUUCCAUUUAAGAAUGAUGGAGGCCAAUGUGUUCUUGGGGACCUUCAAUGCUGCAGAAAUGUUUUGGUACCCUUCCCCAGAUCUGUGCCUCAACACAAUCCUGUCUCGGAGCUCUACAGACAAUUCCUUCAACCUCAUGGCUUGGUUUUUGCUCUGACGUACUGUCUACUGUGAGACAUUAUAUAGACAGGUGUUUGCCUUUCCAAAUCAUGUCCAAUCAAUUGAAUUUACCAAAGGUGGACUCCAAUCAAGUUGUAGAAACAUCUCAAGGAUGAUCAAUGGAAACAGGAAGCACCUGAGCUCAAUUUCGAGUCUCAUAGCAAAGGGUCUGGAUAAGAGCGUCUGCUAAAUGAUUAAAAUGUAAAUGACCUGGCCUCCACAAUCCUCCGACCUCAACCCAAUUGAGAUGGUUUGGGAUGAGUCAGACCACAAGAGGGAAGGAAAAGCAGCCAACAAGUGCUCAGCAUAUGUGGGAACUCCUUCAAGACUGUUAAAAAAUUAUUCCAGGUGAAGCUGGUUGAGAGAGAGCCAAGCUUUUGCAAAGCUGUCAUCAAGGCAAAGGGUGGCUCUUUGAAGAAUCUAAAAUAUAAAAUAUAUUCUGAUUUGUUUAACACUUUUUUGGUUACUACAUGAUUCCAUAUGUGUUAUUUCAUAGUUUUGAUGUCUUCACUAUUAUUCCUAAAUGUAAAAAAUAAAGAAACCCUUGAAUGAGUAGGUGUUUCCAAACUUUUGACUGGUACUAUAUAGAUAGUGUAGAUAUAGAUACUGUUUAUCUAGCUAGCUAUUUGUACUAAUUUAGGCUGCAUCACCAUGAAGAGAAUGACAUUCAUAUCUAUAAUUAUGCAUUUCUACAGUGAGGGGAAAAAAGUAUUUGAUCCCCUGCUGAUUUUGUACAUUUGCCCACUGACAAAGACAUGAUCAGUCUAUAAUUUUAAUGGUAGGUUUCUCAGGAGGGAUUUUGUCCCACUCCUCUUUGCAGAUCUUCUCCAAGUCAUUAAGGUUUCGAGCCUGACGUUUGGCAACUCCAACCUUCAGCUCCCUUCACAGAUUUUCUAUGGGAUUAAGGUCUGGAGACUGGCUAGGCCACUCCUUUGAAUAUGCCUCUUCUUGAGCUACUCCUUUGUUGCCUUGGCCGUGUGUUUUGGGUCAUUGUCAUGCUGGAAUACCCAUCCACGACCCAUUUUCAAUGCCCUGGCUGAGGGAAGGAGGUUCUCACCCAAGAUUUGACAGUACAUGGCCCCGUCCAUCGUCCCUUUUGAUGCGGUGAAGUUGUCCUGUCCCCUUAGGUGAAGUUGUCCUGUCCCCUUAGCAGAAAAACACCCCCAAAGCAUAAUGGUUCCACCUCCAUGUUUGAUGGUGGGGAUGGUGUUCUUGGGGUCAUAGGCAGCAUUCCUCCUCCUCCAAACACGGCGAGUUGAGUUGAUGCCAAAGAGCUUGAUUUUGGUCUCAUCUGACCACAACACUUUCACUCAGUUCUCCUCUGAAUCAUUCAGAUGUUCAUUGGCAAACUUCAGACGGGCCUGUAUAUGUGCUUUCUUGAGCAGGGGGACCUUGCGGGCGCAAGUAUUUCAGUCCUUCACGGCGUAGUGUGUUACCAAUUUUUUUCUUGGUGAAUAUGGUCCCAGCUGCCUUGAGAUCAUUGACAAGAUCCUCCCGUGUAGUUCUGGGCUGAUUCCUCACCGUUCUCAUGAUCAUUGCAACUCCACGAGGUAAGAUCUUGCAUGGAGCCCCAGGCCGAGGGAGAUUGACAGUUAUUUUGUGUUUCUUCCAUUUGCAAAUAAUCGCACCAACUGUUGUCACCUUCUCACCAAGCUGCUUGGCGAUGGUCUUGUAGCCCAUUCCAGCCUUGUGUAGGUCUACAAUCUCGUCCCUGACAUCCUUGGAGAGCUCUUUGGUCUUGGCCAUGGUGGAGAGAUUGGACUCUGAUUGCUUCUGUGGACAGUUGUCUUUUAUACAGGUAACAAGCUGAGAUUAGGAGCACUCCCUUUAAGAGUGUGCUCCUAAUCUCAGUUCAUUACCUGUAUGAAAGACACCUGAGAGCCAGAAAUCUUUCUGAUUGAGAGGGGGUCAAAUACUUAUUUCCCUCAUUUAAAAUGCACAUUUAUAACAUUUUUGACAUGCAUUUUUGUGGAUUUUUUUAUGUUGUUAUUCUGUCUCUCACUGUUCAAAUAAACCUACCAUUAAAAUUAUAGACUGAUCAUUUCUUUGUCAGUGGGCAAACGUACAAAAUCAGCAGGGGAUCAAAUACUUUUUUCCACUCACUGUAUGUAGUACAGAUCAGGGACCCAUGAUGAAAUUCCAUUACCAGCUGUAAAUCCACUUCACUUACUGUAACCAAAAUAUAUUAUUUUCAAAGUCAAUGUGUCAUGUCAUAGCUGACAGUCAGUCUUUCUGCAGACAUCAUUGAAUCUUAAUUCGGAGCAGAUAUUUACGUUUUUGGAAAACAUGGACACAUACAAAACGGAGGUAGAUUUUAACUGCACAGUUCUAGUAAAUAUGUUUUUGUAAAAUGUUCAUUGUAAAUUGUUAAAAGUAGACCUUGUGCAUAGAGUUGUAUGAUUUGGUAAAUUUUUGAAAUUAAUAUUUUUUGUUGGGCAUACAUUUUCAAUGAAAAAUCUGAGUCAGCGCAAUUCAGUUAAAAAUGAAUUGUCUUUUUGUCAAUUCAGAAGUUCUGCACUCAGAUGGUAUGGCUGGAAGAUACCCAAGUUUGACUUUGUUGAAAUAACUCUGUAGCCCUCACCACACUUCACCUGUCCUGCCUCUCUUAAGUAAUUGAUCUGUUUUAGCUGUGCUGUGCAACCCAAAUGUCUAUCUUACCUCUCAGUCUAUUGACAUUUGACAAGGCCCUUUCCUCAAACGUCUCCAUCUCUCUUCCAGGACCCACAGUCCACUGAUGAGUUUCGGAGCCAGUUUUGUCAGCUUCCUGGUGAGUAGUGGUGGGAGAGGACAUAGGUCAACGUCUUUUACUGAUUUACUUUAUCACUGCUAUUCUCAUUUGAUACUUCUGCAAUGCAGACCAUUGGAGUUAGGAAACCAGAAGAUAUCUAUGUAUUACACAGUUCGUAAUGUUGUACGUUUUAUUGAAUGCCAACGUGUUCAAUUGUUGGCUUUUGACAGUACAUCUCUAUCUCAAACAUAGAUCUAGUCAUAAUGCAUUUGAUGUACAGAUAGGCUGAAUAAAUUGAAGGUCACACAGAUAAUAGCACACUAGGGAUAUCCACAGCAGUAGUCCUGCUGUGCUUCACCUGCUGCUGGCCCACAUACUGAAUCAUCAAUGAUUCACCAACCUGAUAUAACUGGCUCACGGUGGGCUAGAAUACUGAGUGGGAAUAAAUGAUUUGUGCACAUCUCUGAAAAUGUUUAGAAUAAAUAUUAGUCAGAUAAAUCCAAGACUCAUAUAGUUGGUUGUCUAGCUGGGCUCUGUAUUGUUUUAUGUAGCUGCUGAUAGGAUCUGUGUUUAUAUGAAAAUAUUAUGACUGCUAAACAAUGAUAUCAUGACUAAUGAGAUAACCGCUAUACUGUGUGUAUUGCUCUCAGAGAAAGGCCCUGACUGACUGGUACUGUGAAUGUGGCUGUGUGUGUAGAAUGCCAUGAUGACGUUUGAGGAGGAGAAGAUGCAGAUGGCCUUUGAUGACCUCCGAGCCACUGAGAGACUGUGUGAGAGCGACAAUGCUGGGGUCAUAGAGACCAUCAAAAACAAGAUCAGGAGGAGUGUGGGUGAAGUACAAUACAUACCUAUUGACUGCAUAGCACCUCACACAGGCCCUCUCUACACAGGGUGUGUUCCUAAAUUCACUCUAGAGUGCCAGAGUGCGCUCUGGUUGUUCGUAAAUUCAGAGUGUUGUCAGAUUGUCCGUUCGUAAAUUCAGAUCGUUUUGCACUCGGAGCGUUCAGAGCGCACACUGGGCGCUCUGACCGAGGAGUAGGGUUGAUCCAAGUGUUCUGACCUUACAACGGCAGUCAAGCACCCAAGCUAACUGGCUAAAGUUGGCUAGCUUGCUAGCUAUUUCCAGAAACAAUUUCCAGAAACAUUUUACUCGCCCUAGCAGAGCUGGUUAGGCUGUUUUCAUGUUAUCUAGAGCAUUGGUGACUGUAACUGUGCUGCAAUUUCUUUUAAAUAUACAUUUUUGCCAACGUUUACUGACACCGGUCAUAUUCAACGGGUGUUGCCUGUUCUAGAAUUCAUCAGUUAUUCUGCGCUCUGGCACACUUAGACGAGAGUGCUCUGAAACUGGAGUAGAUAUCCAGAGUGAAUUUACAAACGCACCCACAGACACCUGACUUGUCUUACUGUCUGCCAAUGUUAAUUGGGCAUCAUCCUCUCACAGUGCUCUUCGUGUUUGGCCUUGCUACAAGUGUGUUUGGCCUUGCUCUUUAACUUGGAUGUUGACAUCUAUAGACAUCACUGUGCUCACUGUGUGUGUUUGGCCUUCCUCCAGGACUCCCAGAGGUCAGGGGUGGCAAUAGUAGACCGCCUCCAGAGACAGAUCAUCGUGGCAGACUGCCAGGUGUACCUCGCUGUCCUCUCCUUCAUCAAACAGGAACUGUCAGGUGAGACUCCUCAUCACUUCUACCUAGACCUACACUACCGUUCAAAAGUUUGGGGUCACUUAGAAAUGUCCUUGUUUUCGAAAGAAAAGCAAUUUUUUGGUUCAUUUAAAAUAACAAAAUGGAUCAGAAAUACAGUGUAGACAUUGUUAAUGUUGUAAAUGGCUAUUGUAGCUGGAAACGGCUGAUUUUUUUAUGGAAUAUCUACAUAGGCGUACAGAGGCCCGUUAUCAGCAACCAUCAGUCCUGUGUUGCAAUGGCACGUUGUGUUUGCUAAUCCAAGUUUAUCAUUUUAAAAGGCUAAUUGAUCAUUAGAAAACCGUUUUGUAAUUAUGUUAGCACAGCUGAAAACUGUUGUGCUGAUUUUAAAGAAGCAAUAAAACUGGCCUUCUUGAGACUAGUUGAGUAUCUGGAGCAUCAGCAAUUGUGUGUUCGAUUACAGGCUCAGAAUGGCCAGAAACAAAGAACUUUCUUCUUAAAUAGUCUAUUCUUGUUCUGAGAAAUGAAGGCUAUUCCAAGCUAGAAAUUGCCAACAAACUGAAGAUCUCGUACAACGCUGUGUACUACUCCCUUCACAGAACAGCGCAAACUGGCUCUAACCAGAAUAAAAAGAGGAGUGGGAGGCCCCGGUGCACAACUGAGCAAGAGGACAAAUACAUUAGUGUCUAGUUUGAGAAACAGACGCCUAACGGGUCCUCAACUGGCAGCUUAAUUAAAUAGUACCCGCAAAACACUAGUCUCAAUGUCAACAGUGAAGAGGCGACUCCGAGAUGCUGACCUUCUAGGCAGAGUUGCAAAGAAAAGGUCCAGUGGCUGUGUUCUUUUGCCCAUCUUAAUCUUUUAUUUUUAUUGGCCAGUCUGAGAUAUGGCUUUUUCUUUGCAACUCUGAAGGUCAGGGUCCCGGAGUAGACUCUUCACUGUUGACGUUGAGACUGGUGUUUUGCGGGUACUAUUUAAUUAAGCUGCCAGUUGAGGACCUGUGAGGCGUCUGUUUCUCAAACUAGACACUAAUGUAUUUGUCCUCUUGCUCAGUUGUGCACCGGGGCCUCCCACUCUUUCUAUUCUGGUUAGAGCCAGUUUGCGCUGUUCUGUGAAGGGAGUAGUACACAGCGUUGUACGAGAUCUUCAGUUUCUUGGCAAUUUCUCGCAUUGAAUAGCCUUCUUUCUCAGAACAAGAAUAGACUGACGAGUUUCAGAAGAAAGUUAUUUGUUUCUGGCCAUUUUGAGCCUGUAAUCGAACACACAAUUGCUGAUGCUCCAGAUACUCAACUAGUCUCAAGAAGGCCAGUUUUAUUGCUUCUUUAAUCAGCACAACAGUUUUCAGCUGUGCCAACAUAAUUUCAAAAUGGUUUUCUAAUGAUCAAUUAGCCUUUUAAAAUGAUAAACUUGGAUUAGCAUACACAACGUGCCAUUGGAACACAGGAUUAAUGGUUGCUGAUAAUGGGCCUCUGUACGCUCAAAGAAUGAUGUUUCCACCUCCAUGCUUCACGGUUGGGAUGGUGUUGUUGGGGUUGUACUCAUCCUUCUUCUUCCUCCAAACACGGCGAGUGGAGUUUAGACCAAAAAGCUAAAUUUUUGUCUCAUCAGACCACAUGACCUUCUCCCAUUCCUCCUCUGGAUCAUCCAGAUGGUCAUUGGUAAACUUCAGACAGGCCUGGACAUGCGCUGGCUUGAGCAGGGGGACCUUGCGUGCGCUGCAGGAUUUUAAUCCAUGACGGCGUAGUGUGUUACUAAUGGUUUUCUUUGAGACUGUGGUCCCAGCUCUCUUCAGGUCAUUGACCAGGUCCUGCCGUGUAGUUCUGGGCUGAUCCCUCACCUUCCUCAUGAUCAUUGAUGCCCCACGAGGUAAGAUCUUGCAUGGAGCCCCAGACCGAGGGUGAAUGACCGUCAUCUUGAACUUCUUCCAUUUUCUAAUAAUUGCGCCAACAGUUGUUGCCUUCUCACCAAGCUGCUUGCCUAUUGUCCUGUAGCCCAUCCCAGCCUUGUGCAGGUCUACAAUUUUAUCCCUGAUGUCCUUACACAGCUCUCUGGUCUUGGCCAUUGUGGAGAGGUUGGAGUCUGUUUGAUUGAGUGUGUGGACAGGUGUCUUUUAUACAGGUAACGAGUUCAAACAGGUGCAGUUAAUACAGGUAAUGAGUGGAGAACAGGAGGGCUUCUUAAAGAAAAACUAACAGGUCUGUGAAAGCUGGAAUUCUUACUGGUUGGUAGGUGAUCAAAUACUUAUGUCAUGCAAUAAAAUGCAAAUGAAUUACUUAAAAUACAUACAAUGUGAUUUUCUGGAUUUUUGUUUUAGAUUCUGUCUCUCACAGUUGAAGUGUACCUAUGAUAACAAAUUACAGACCUCUACAUGCUUUGUAAGUAGGAAAACCUGCAAAAUCGGCAGUGUAUCAAAUACUUGUUCUCCCCACUGUAGAUAUUCCAUUAAAAAUCAGCCGUUUCCAGCUACAAUAGCCAUUUACAACAUUAACAAUGUCUACACUGUGUUUCUGAUCCAUUUUAUGUUAUUUUUACUUUCGAGAACAAGGACAUUUCUAAGUGACCCCAAACUUUUGAACGGUAGUGUACAUGUGGGCUUAUAGCUGACUGACUGAACCAUUCGUACUUGACUGAUUGGCUGUGCUGCUACUACUAGACUGAAUGACUGCACUGUAUUGUUGGUACAGAGGUUUCAAUAUCCACUCUUGCAUACUGAUUUAUAAUGAAUGCCCAAUAAAUUGUUUGCUAUAAUGGACAUUGGUAUGUAGACCAUGUCUCUCGGGACUCUAACAUCCUGCUUUAUGUGUAUUAUCUCUCAUGGAUUUCCCCUCUCACAAACCCACGCAGCAUACAUCAAAGGAGGCUGGAUUCUCCGCAAAGCCUGGAAGAUGUACAACAAGUGUUAUAGCGACAUCAGCCAGCUGCAGGAGUGCAGCAAGAGGAGGUCCUCCGACCAGCAAGGGUCUCCCUCUCCAUCCACUGACAAAGCCAACCACAACCAUGCCAUGUCCACGGCCCCAACCCAGAGGACCAAUGGGGUUAGCCCGGAGGCCCUGGAGAGGCUCAAGGGCUCGGUCAGUUUUGGCUAUGGCCUGUUCCACCUGUGCAUCUCCAUGGUACCGCCACACCUGCUAAAGAUCGUCAACCUUCUGGGUUUCCCUGGCGACCGUCACCAGGGGCUGUCCGCCCUCGCGUAUGCCAGUGAAAGUAAGGACAUGAAGGCCCCCCUAGCUACGUGAGUAGGGGUACCACUACCGACCACAGGGACAUUGGGUGUCCAAAUUAUUUUUUUUGCCUCUUGUGUCUUGGUUUGUUUCACUUUCUUGGUUUUAACUGUGUUUGGGGUCAUUCAACAUAUUUAACAUGGACAUGGUAAACCAUGUAUUUAGUGAUAGAAAAUGUAUGUAGUAAUUUUACCUAAUGUAGCCUAUACAUGGACUAGACAGAGAAGUCUAGUAGUCUGAUGAUUUGGGAAGGGGAGAAGAACCAGCAGGCCUGUGAGAUGUCCCAGGCCUGUGUUGCUAAAAUAAAGUACGCAGCUUAUCUGGCUCUGAAUAUCACUGAUUUCAUAUUGAACAACAUAUUUAUUACUGGAGUCACCGCCAUACUGAUUAGACAUUUUCCGCUAUUUGACUGUGGUGAAUGUUUGAUUCUGCCCACACAUCAACUGCAGAAGGAAGGUGACACAGGCUGCCUCCCAAAUGGCAUCCUAUUCCCUAUAUAGUGCACUACUUUUGACGUCAAUAGUGUACUAUGUAGGGAAUUGGGUGCCAUUUGGAAGGCAACUACAGCCUUUAACAGGCCUGAAACCCAUUAUUUGGGACAAGAUGAAGGGAGGCAGGUAGCCUAGUGGUUAAAAGCGUUGGGCCAGUAAUUGAAAGGUUGCUGGUUCAAAUCCUUGAGUCGACUAGGUCAAACAUCUGUCAAUGUGCCCUUGAGCAAGGCACUCAACCGUAAUUCACUCUGGAUAAAAGCGUCUGCUAAAUUGCUCAAAUGUAAACUGCUGUAAUAAUUGAGAGGCACUGACCCUAGCCCCUGGUUAAACUGAUGCCUCCCAUCAAUGCCUUGGCAGAGAACAAAGAUUGUAUUUGUUUUAGGAGUACACAUCUUCAACAUUUAAGAUAAGAUUAACUUUAUUGUGCCUGAAGGAAAAUUUGUCUUGGACAUUCAAGUGCUGUUGCUUCCACAUCUAAGCUGCAUGUAAUGGUUGAUUCUGCAGAUUUCUGAUUGAUUGUGUUAUCAGCCAACUUAUCUGAUGAGUUUGGUAGCAGGCUGUUUAACUUGAAAUCAGUCAUAUGUUUACCGACAGAUGUGAUAUGUCUUGGUUUCUUGACUGACCCUCUGAAUGCUGAUGUUCACCAGUAUAGUUCUCAAUUAACAUGUUUACAUGCACACCAAUAUCCCAUUAUUAUUCGGGAUACUCAAGUAUUCUGUUUUUGAGUUGACGCAUAUAAAUAUAAUUAUCCCAUUUACAGUAACCUGAAAAGUUUACAGCAGUUAUGAGAAACCCUGAUAAGAUGCCUGGCAUAUGCUGAUCUUAGACGGGAUACUGUUGUGUGAUGUUUUCAUCUGAUUGUCAAACAAAUCACUUCAAAAAGUAGGCUACCUGCGCAGUUAAUUCCAUAAUCAUUUAUUUUGAUGAUACUCCGUACUGGACCGUAUAGCCUACUGGCUACAUUCACCCCUAAUUUAGACCAUUUCCAACAUUUGCUAGGUCACCUAUAGGCCUACAUGUAGCUUCUGUUCUGUCAUAACUUGUUGCCCCAAAAGUAGUGCUCACCAGAAUUUCUUGCAUUGAUAGAAUGAAUGCAUUAGUAAUCUAGUUAACAUGGUAAAGUUGUCUGUGUCGUUUAGGGACCGGGUAGAAAAUGCAAUAACUCCAAACCAGUGGAAAGAUUGAUCCUGUGCAACAUUUUCAAAUGGCAUCAGUUUGACCGGUUUUAAUGAAAUAAAAAGCUGAAAAAACUAAACAUUUCUGAUAAGACUUCAGUUCGUCUUGGGUGCAUCUUUUAUGUGGUUGAAAUACUAUCUGCUUGCAUAACAUUGUAACACAAGACACGUGCAUUUGCAUUUUCUCGAGAUGCUGAAAUAAAUAAAUUAUAUUUCUCAAGACAAAAUUAACAUUUGUAUCAUUUUACUGCAAGAAAUGCAUAAUUCUGCAGGAGUUAAUAUUAUAUUAUGCUACAUGUGAGAUUAUAGGCCUACAGUCAGUGUCCAUAUUUCAGUUACUAUUCCAUUUAUCCCCUAUGAAUUUAAAUGAGGAAUAUUAUGUUUAUUCAUGGUCACUUGUCAAUAACAGGGAUUUCUGUCCCCCUGUGGCAGGUUGGCCCUCUUAUGGUACUAUACGGUAGUGCAACCCUUCUUUGCCCUGGACGGCUCAGACACACAGGCCGGCCUGAUGGAGGCUAAGGCUAUCCUCCAGAGGAAGGAGCCUGUAUACCCUAACUCCUCCCUCUUCAUGUUCUUCAAGGGCAGGGUGCAGCGCCUGGAGGUAAAGACCUGGGUCAUGUUCAGUAGUGGGAAAACAUUUCAAAAUGAGAGUUAAAGGAUGAGGUACUACCUGAACGCCUCUAAUAAUAAGUUAUUCUUGUGCUAUAGUGUACCCUGCCUAGAUAGGAGUAUAAAUAACACCUCAAGGUAACCUGUGUCUAGCACUGUGGCUGUAGUGUGUUGGUCUUCGUCCUUGUCUUCCCCCUCUCCUCUCCACUUCCAGUGCCAGAUCAACAGUGCCUUGACGUCCUUCCAAAAUGCCUUGGAGUUGGCUACAGACCAGAGGGAGAUCCAGCAUGUGUGUUUGUAUGAAAUAGGUACAGGCUUUUAUCCCUCUUCACUUUAAUCUCGAACUAAUGCUCUCCAUUGCCUUGUUGUUUCUAAGUGACAUUCCAUUCUCUCUGCUCUUCUCAGGGUGGUGCAGCAUGAUCGAGCUGAGGUACAGUGACGCCUACAGGGCCUUUCAGCGUCUGGCGACUGAGUCACGCUGGUCCCAGUGCUACUACGCCUACCUAACUGGAGGUGAGUGGGCAAAGGUUAGAGGUCACUCAAUUGGAGGUGGGGUUAGAAAACCCUCUUGUUUUGUUUUUUUCUUUUCAAAGGUAAAGAGGUUCCAAAACUGGGAAUGCUAAUUAACCUGAAUGAAAAGCUUCUGAGCCUAUUAGCGAUAAUGUCAUACAUCCCCUGAUAACGGUAAUAUGUUGGCGUUGAGGUACCCUGCAGACUCUAACCCCUGGGCCUUCUCUCUGUGUUUGUGGUCCACUAUAGUGUCCCAGGGAGCAUCAGGAGAUCUGGAGGGGGCUGCAGCUGUCUUCAAGGAUGUGCAUAAGCUUCUAAAACGGAAGAACAAUCAGAUAGAACAGUUCUCUAUGAAGAGGGUGAAUGUGGGACUGGCAACAGCACAUUACUAUAGAUAUAUAUGUGAAUUAUUACUUCUAGUGAGAAUACAUAUUUUUGAUUGUCAUACAGUUUCAAGGUGAUCUGAAGUCAUUGUAUGGAGGAAAAUAGGCAGUUGAUUAUGUAGUGGGUAGAAUUUUGCUUCUUGACUGUGUGUGUGUGUGUGCAGGCAGAGAGGCUAAGGAAACACACCCCAUCCAGAGAGCUGUGUGUCCUGGCUGUGAUUGAGGUGCUUUACCUGUGGAAGGCCCUGCCUAACUGCUCCACCUCUAAGCUGCAGAUCAUGAGCCAAGGUACACACAGUGUGAAAACAUACAUAGACAAACUACACAUGAUCAAACUCCCAGUCCCACCUACCAUGGUCGCUACACAAAUCAAUUAUAGCCUAUUCUCUUUUGGCUGUAAAGGACAACACAGAACACUUUCAGGAUCAGCUACAAUUUCAGCUGAGUAGUUGUGGUGGUGCCAUAAAAGUGCAUUCCUGUGAAUGUGGAAGGAAACUCAUGGGGUUGUCUGUCUCUUAGUUCUGCAGGAACUAGAUGACGUCUCAAUUGCUGGCCUGAAAAACCUGCUUCUUGGUGACAUACACAGAUGCCUUGGCAACAUAAAAGACGCCAUUCAGGUUCUGUCCCAUCACCCUAUUGAUAUGUAUUGAAAACGAAGUACACAUAUAGUAUGUAUCUGCAAAUAUGAGUGUAGUGAGAAUAGUGAAUGUUUAUUACUCUUUAUUUUGUUUCAUUGAACAUUGCAGUGCUUCCAUCUGGCUGCCGGAGAUGAGGUGGGUCGUCAGAACAACUAUUAUGUGCAGCCCUACUCCUGCUACGAGUUGGGCUGUGUCUUACUAGACAGCCCUGAGGUGAGCUCAAAGCGUAUACAGUGUGUUGCUAUAUUGUAUUGUGCGAUGUGUCAACCCUGAGGAGAGAAAGUGUAUGUUGUUAAAUACAGUAGUUGAUUGAGUAUAUCUGAUUGUGGUUUUCUUCUCUUCUCAGUCUGAAGCGAAGGGCAGAGCUCUGAUGCUUCAAGCCAAGGUACGGUAGAACUUCACUUUCCUCCGCCUAUAGUGUAUUCUUGGAACUUGUAGCUGUCAGUUAUAGUAUUUGGAAUUAUGAGGGACAGUCAUUCAUGAUAUGCAUUUGAAAUUAUUUAAUAUUUCCUCACCUUUAUGUGCCCUUGUGAGGAUGUUAAAUGUGAUGUAAUGUAAUCAUCUGUGUUUGUUACUACAGGAUGACUAUGCUGGCUAUGACUUUGAGAACAGGCUCCAUGUACGCAUCCACUCAGCUCUGGCUUCCAUGAGGAAGGAGGUGGCCCCACCCUGACUUCCCCAUUCCUCCACCAUACAUCCACCUAGCUCUGCGUUGAGGGUAGAAGGAGCUGGAAACUACUCCAGAAGCCAUCUUGAUCUUUACAGCACUGUGAUGGUUCACUGCAAUGUUUGUUUCAGUUGACUUAUUUUGUUUGUAUAAUGGAUGUGCCAUCAAGUUUGUAAUGCAUAGUUUACAGUAAGAGUCUCCUAGAGGGAUAGUGCAGACUACUGGAAUGUAAUAGUGCGUUUCAGCCAGAUCAAAUAUGUACAGUAGUUGCUGCUGGGAGGCAAAUGUAACUCUUUACCAGGGAAAAAUAUAUUGGGGGACAAUCUGUCAGUGGGGCUGCAGGUAGUCUAGCGGUUGAGAGCGUUCGGCCA